UCUCUUCUUUCUUCAUAGUGGAGUCUUUUUGACCUAUGGCAUCGGAAAAGACAAAGACUUCCCAACCAUGCUCGCCAAGGGAAUUCUUCGAAAGACUUUAUGGCCAUUUGGAGGACUCGAAAACUAACAAUCGACAUCCACCAGACGAUGCGAAGUCACAUGCUGACCUGAUAGCACCCAUUCCGAUGAUACCAACGCCUUUACCAUUCUUCCUGAAUUCUGGGAAUGAACCUCCGCCCCACCUGUCAAUUGCUGCUGCAGCAGGAAUUUCGGCGUUUCUAGCCCGACGUCGAAGAAAAGAGGGGAGACCAAGAAGACAAAGGACUACAUUCACAAGUGAACAAACCCUCCGCUUAGAAAUAGAAUACCAGAGAUCAGAAUAUAUAAGUCGUAGUAGAAGGUGCGAGCUGGCAGAGUUUCUGAGACUGUCUGAGACACAAAUCAAAAUUUGGUUCCAAAACCGUCGAGCAAAGGACAAAAGAAUAGAGAAAGCUCAUAUAGAUCACCAUUAUAGAAAACUUUUAGGAGUUCUUCCAGGGACUAUUUGCCCAAUCUGCAUCGAAGGGCCUUGUUUUCAUAAUAUGAACAACGCCAAUAUGCACCUACCAAUUCUUCCGCACAUCGAACCGGUUGAAAGGAAUAGACCAGCAGAAGCAUCUAGUUUGAUGUGAAUGUCAUUUGAAAAUCAAAAGAAAUCUAGUCUGAUAUUUAUUUAUAUUUAUUCGUUAAGUAUAUUUGUAGCUAAUGCAUCGAGGAUAUUAUUCAUAGGGUAUUCAUUUAUUAAAAACUAUUGAGAAUU